UAUCUGCUGCUCUACUUUUACGGAACUCCGUUGAGACGUUCCAUGGCGUCAUAGUCGUCCAAGUCGUGAGAAAUGUGACAUUUAGGAUCACCAGAAGAUAAUCGAAAAGUUUUUGAGCGUGAUUCAAAAGUGUUGUGAACGAAAAGAUUUGUGCGAUAAAUAUUGCGGUGCCAAGUGGAUCUCGACAAAGCUUUAACGAACAUCAAAUAUAACCCCGCUGCGCGGAAACUGUGAACUGCUUGAAUAACAAGCUGUUAUGACAGAAAGCGAUCUCUUUUGAUUUGGCCUAAUUUGUAUUUGUUUCUUCUGAUUUAUCGACUUUCUCCGAAGGAAUACAAACUCGUAAACAGCGAGAAUGGGCAGCAACCAUCUCUACAGUUUAUCAUGGGGUGAGUUCGGCAGCUCUUUGGCAUCGGCGGCGCAGUUAUUACGAGGUCACGGCGAGCUAGUUGACGUCACUUUAGCUGCAGGUGGACGAAGCUUCGCUGCUCACAAAAUUGUACUCUGUGCCGCCAGUCCCUUCCUCCUAGAUUUGCUUAAGAGCACUCCGUGUCAACAUCCUGUCAUAAUGCUUGCUGGAAUCGGAGCCGAAGACUUAGAAUCUCUUCUAGAAUUUGUCUACAGAGGUGAAAUCAGCGUCGAACCCUCUCAACUUCCGUCUCUUCUUCAGGCGGCUCACUGUCUAAAUAUUCAUGGACUAACACCACCUACUGUUCUUACCGAAAAUGGCGAGGAAAUUCCUCUGUCAGCAAUCCCAGCAGCCAGUGAGGCCUUAGCUCGUGAUGUUAUCAACUCCUAUCUACCGCUGAGGCGGAGAAAAAGACGAACGAAAUCGUCUUCUUCGUCGUGCAAGUGGCCAAGAACUGACGACAAUCACGACACUGAAAACAGACCGCUCGAAGCACACAAUCAGGACAGUAGAACGACUAUGGAAUACGAACGUAGUAAACAUGACGAGAGUGGCGGAAACCAUGGUGAUGAGUCAGGAGAUGGAAAUUCAAAAGCCAGGAGUAUGUCCGAUCAGCCAGCAACUUGCCCAUUGUGCGGGGCAAUCUUACGUCAAUCAAGAAACUUGAGAAGACACUUGGAGCUACUUCAUUUUGGAAACGGUAAACCAAGCAAAGGCAGUGUCCGUGUUAAGCACAGAAAAAAUGAGCGUACGGACGAUCUGCAUCGUGCGUCACAAAUACUGCUAAACAAUCGAGAACCACAUGCGACGGCUGCAGAUUUGUCGAGUAUGACGUCUUCGCGAGAUCAUCCUAACAUGAGAUUAACCGAAAGUUCUGACAUGCAAACGGUCACUCCGUUAUCGAUGGUUUCUUCCACUGCCAGUGUUUCCAGUGUUUCAAAUUUGAGCCUACCAGGAAACAUAAUGGUUCCGGGAAGCGUCGCAGGAUCUGGAGAACAGCCUUGCCUUUCUGGAAGCAUACCUGUAAGUUCUUGCACCGGCCCGAUGGGUCCACCCAACAAUGGCAUAUACUCUUCGGAUGGUACAGCUGGCAUGUUGAGUUGUCUGCUUCCACCGUUGCCUUCGUUGCCAUCGCUACCUUCUUCCCACGAUGUUUUCCGGCAUGGAGAAAUGUUGCGAGCUGGCGUUACAUAUUACGAUACUUCAAGGCAACAAUCUAGACACAUUCAUCGCGCUGACAUACUAUGGAAAUGUUGCUUGAUGCGGGAUUUAAGAACAUUCAACAAGAAUUUAAAUAUGUUUAUGGUAAAUAAUUUACACAACGUCCAGGUAUGGAAAAUGAAUUAGACAAGAUGAAUAUUAAGAGGUAUAUUGUAUUUAAUUUUUUAACACUAAAAAUUUGUUGAUGUGCAUACGAGAAGGCUGGAGCAGCCACUUUAUUUCUACGUGAAAUGAUUGAAAAAAAAUUUGUACUUUACCGAGUUCAAUUAUUGUUCAUUGCUUCCGAUAUAAAGUUUCUUCUCUACGUAAGUACUAAGUACUAAACCUCAAAUAAUCAUGCUACUAUUUUUACAUAAAUGUUCGACAUUGCAUUUUUUAAAGUAUUCGCACUGUUGUUGCAACGGUAAAUCAUGUGAAUUGCUGUUAUUUAGCAUGAAUCUAAAAACGAAAAUACCACUGCAUAAAUCAUCGCUAUACGAUACGUAUGCGGAUUCAAUAUAAUGAUUAAAUCUCAGAAUCUGUGCAGUUGCUUAUUACUCUACGAAUCGUGACUAAGUCGUUGCUUUGAGAGAAUUGUAUUUUUGAUUAUAUUACAGCUCUACGUAAAUUAGAAAACCGUACUAAGGAAGGAAACUUACUUAAAAUAAUUCAAUAAUUGAGGAUAAUACAGGGACAGGCAAAAGUGACAUGUACUUAUAAUGAUAAAUCAUGGAGGAACAAAAUGCUUAUGGAACAUAACUUGAGGUAUUUGACUGUUUCACUAGAAUAAUGGCACUUUAGAAAUUAUAGCAGAUCAGACGAUCUAUGUUCAUCGUUUUUAAUGUACUAUUGAUUUUUCUGGAUGUGGGUAUCUUUGAAUAUUCCUUUACUUGGUGCUUCAGGUUUCUCAGUACUAAUAAAUAAGCCGGUCGCAAAGUGUCUUUGAAUUGAAUGUAAAUUAUUACGAUUACCAUUUACUUCCACCAACAACAAUAAAGUAAAAAUUUUACAUUGUCAAUGUCUGAAUAAUCUGCACAUCUUCAUUGAGCAAAAAAAUAAGAAAUAAGAUUAAUACUUCAUAUGACUCAUUUUGGCAAUUCAAUUGCUGCUCAAAUUUUUACAAAUAUCCGAAAUGCUUGAUAGUUCAAUGAAACAAAAAAAAAAUCGGGACGCUUUUUUAUUUGUAAUCGUAUAAUAAUAUGCAUAUUAUAAAUAUACCAAUACAUGAAUAAUAUUUAUAUUAAAUUUUGUAAAAGUAUAAACAUGUUUAUGUUAACAUUUGUCAUUUGAAUUACUGUGACAUUUACGUUUUUGUUUAUGGUUAUAUGUUUAUACAAACGAAAAAUAUGGAGUUUUCCAAUAAAUUGUACCUCUGAAAACGGUGUAAAGAA